AUGAUUUUAGAUAAAGUGGAGGAAAAACCUGAUGUCACAUACAGUGACGUUGGUGGCUGUAAGGAACAGAUUGAGAAAUUGCGAGAAGUAGUUGAAACCCCAUUACUUCAUCCAGAGAGAUUUGUUAACCUUGGUAUUGAGCCUCCAAAGGGUGUGCUGCUGUUUGGUCCCCCUGGCACAGGCAAGACACUCUGUGCUAGGGCAGUUGCCAAUAGGACUGAUGCUUGCUUCAUUCGAGUUAUUGGAUCUGAACUUGUACAGAAAUACGUUGGUGAGGGGGCUCGAAUGGUUCGUGAGCUCUUUGAAAUGGCCAGAACAAAAAAAGCUUGCCUCAUCUUCUUUGAUGAAAUUGAUGCCAUUGGAGGGGCUCGGUUUGAUGAUGGUGCUGGAGGAGACAAUGAAGUGCAGAGAACAAUGCUGGAAUUGAUAAAUCAGCUGGAUGGUUUUGAUCCUCGAGGCAACAUUAAAGUGCUGAUGGCCACUAACAGACCUGAUACUUUGGAUCCAGCACUGAUGAGGCCAGGAAGAUUGGAUAGGAAGAUUGAAUUUAGCUUACCUGAUUUAGAGGGUCGGACUCACAUCUUUAAGAUUCAUGCUCGUUCAAUGAGUGUUGAAAGAGAUAUCAGAUUUGAAUUGCUAGCACGCCUUUGUCCAAAUAGCACUGGAGCUGAGAUUAGAAGUGUCUGUACAGAAGCUGGUAUGUUUGCAAUUCGAGCACGGCGAAAAAUUGCUACUGAGAAAGAUUUCUUGGAAGCUGUAAAUAAGGUCAUUAAGUCUUAUGCCAAAUUUAGUGCUACUCCCCGCUACAUGACAUACAAUUGAGCCCCAAAGCCUUUCAAAUGAAACACUUCUUUUAGUUGGAAUCUUAAGCUUAUAUAGACUUGUUAAUAACCACCUUCCAGAAAAAUAAAUAAAUGAUUUCAAAAUUGUAUUCUUUCUUCCACAUCUCUUUUUCUCUGUAGUAUAUAAGAGGUGAUACUUAGUGUCAUUAGGCAGAAAAGUUUGUUGCAAUGUAUGUUGACUGACUUUUGGUCCUACCAUUUAAAGUUUUCAAAUAUAAACUGCUUAGACCAUGUAUAUUCUUAGCUUCUGCUCGCUAGGUGGUGUGCAUAUAUUAUCCCAUUUUAUCCUCCCAUCUGCCCAGUGAAGAAAAUGAAAUAGCUCUUAAGUUAAUAGAUACAGAUAUUUUCCUCCCUAAUUUACCUGUAGUGGCAGGGCUGGCAUUCAAGUCCAAGUUUGUUAGCUUCAUUACUUAUGUUUUAUUAUGCUCUUCUGCUGCUUAUCAAAAUGAUUCAUCUAGGCAUAUGACCACAUGCAUUGCAAUAGUUUUCUCCCACCACAUCCAAUAAUGAAGUCUUGGCCAAACCUUUUUAAAAGUGAAAGAAGCACUUGAUGUAUUUUGCUUUGCCACUUGAAUUGGUAAUUUUAAUGAACAGCGAAAUGAUUGUAGAUAAAGUAGAAAAAUGUACACGUAAUUUAAUUUAGAAAACCCAGAAUUGGUUUCUUACAGAAGUGACUAUUUUUGUUUUAUAAACAGUGGUUUGGUACUUUGACUAUGCUCUGGUUGUACUUCUUGACUAUAAUGAGUUAUUUUUAAAGUAAAAGUUGUAUCACA